GCAAACGAACUGCGAAUAGAACGGACAGAUAUUGUGAAAUAUUUAUAUAUAUUUAUUUGAACUAGAAUCGAGUCAGGGUUCGUACAAUGUUUCUGCUAGCAUUGGCCAUUCUUUUGGCCACCAUUUUGGUGGUCAAGGGCGUGAGGAUAUUCAAUUACAUAGAUCACAUGGCCGGCAUUAUGGAAAUGAUACCGGGCCCCACGCCAUAUCCGUUUGUGGGCAAUAUCUUUCAGUUCGGACUGAAGCCAGCCGAGUAUCCGAAGAAGAUAUUGCAAUAUUGUCGAAAAUAUGACUUUCAUGGCUAUCGCUCGUUGGUCUUCCUGCAGUAUCAUAUAAUGCUCAGUGAUCCGGCGGAAAUUCAGAACAUGUUGUCGAGCUCUUCACUGCUGUACAAGGAGCACUUGUAUUCCUUUCUACGCCCUUGGCUGGGCGAUGGCCUGCUCACGAGUUCCGGUGCCCGUUGGCUGAAGCAUCAGAAAAUCUAUGCGCCGGCUUUCGAGCGCUCGGCCAUCGAGGGCUAUUUGCGUGUCGUGCAUCGAACCGGGGAGCGGUUUGUGGAGAAGCUACGCCAGCAGUCGGAGUCAUCAAAGCCUUUCGACGCCCAGGAGCUGGUGGCCAAGUGUACACUGGAUAUUGUGUGUGAGAACGCAACCGGAAGGGCUAGCAACUCGUUGAACGAUGAGCCCUCAGAUCUGCAUAGCGCCAUCAAGGACCUCUGUGAUGUCGUGCAGGAGCGCACCUUCAGCAUAGUCAAGCGCUGUGAUGCGCUUUUCCGUUUGAGUCCUUACUACCUGAAGCAACAUCGCGCACUACAAAUGCUCAGGCGCGAAAUUAAGCAGACAAUAGCACAGCGGAAACUGGAGUUGUCCGCUAAUAAAGUUAGCCAAAAUAAACCUUUCAUGGAUGUUCUGCUGUCCGCCAAGCUUGAUGGAAGCGCACUCAAAGAUCGCGAUAUAAUCGAAGAAUUAUCCACGUUUAUAUUUACAGGCCACGAUCCCGUCGCCUCGGCCAUCUCAUUUACUAUAUACACGCUGUCGCGUCACCCGGAGAUACAGCAGCAGGCAUUUGAUGAGCAGCAGCGUAUCUUUGGCCAGGAUAUCUUUGCAGAGGCGGAUAUAGCGCGACUCGAGCAAAUGCACUAUCUGGAGCUGGUAAUACGCGAAACGAUGCGUCUGUAUCCAGCUGUGCCGCUUAUAGCUCGCACCAAUCGCAAAUCCAUAGACAUAAACGGCACAAAGGUAGCCAAGCGCACAACUGUCAUCAUGUGCCUCAUUGCUAUGGGCUACAACGAACGGUACUUCGACGAGCCCUGUGUAUUUCGGCCGGAACGCUUCGAGAAGGCCAACACGAACAGCGGCAUCGAGGCCUUCAAGAGUGUGCCAUUCAGCGCUGGCCCCAGACGCUGCAUCGCCGAAAAGUUUGCCAUGUAUCAGCUGCAGGCAUUGCUCUCUCUCCUGCUGCGACACUUUGAAAUACUGCCCGCCGUCGAUGGUCUGCCGCCGGGCAUCAAUGACCACACGCGAGUGGAUUGCGUGCCACAGAGCGAAUACGAUCCGGUGCUCAACAUUCGUGUAACGCUCAAAUCUGAAAAUGGCAUACAAAUCCGGCUCAAACAACGAGUUGCAGCGCAAUAAAGGACUCUAUCAACCACACAUAUUCAACGUAAUUGAAGAUGUUCCAGAGCUCAUCACAUUUAAUUUAUACACUUAAAUAUAUAUGCUAUAACAAUGAGUUCACAUCAC